AUGUCUUCUGACACAAAUGCGACUACUUUACCGGCAUCAACACGGUCUGUAACAAAUGCACGAAAUACUAAUGGUUCUUGGAGAGCCAGUUCCUCUCAAAACUUAAAUAAUAGCGAUCUCAGUGAAGAAAUGUCCUACUUUUCAACUAGUGAUGGCUCAUUAGAUUCCGAUCGACAAAAGAAAUUAGAAGAAAGUAUAAAAACUUCAAAUCCACAUCCGUUGGCAAACAAGUGGACAUUUUAUCUCUUCCAACACGUUGCGAAUGCCACACCUAAGGAGUACGAAGAGAAUUUAAAAAAAGUUGCUGCGGUAUCUACCGUUCAGAAUUUCUGGCAUGUAUAUAAUAAUAUUAUUGGCCCAGAUAAACUCGCAGUAAGGUGUGCACUCCACUUCAUGAAAUCAGACAUACAUCCAGCAUGGGAGGAUCCUCGUAAUGAAAAUGGUGGUGCAUGGUCUUUUCGUGUGAGCAAAGCAAAUACUGUUACAGUGUGGAGGGAGUUGCUCAUGAUGUUGAUCGGGGAACAGUUUGAGGACUGUGUUUCAAAAGAUGAUGAUAUUUAUGGUUUAACUGUAUCUUCAAGAUAUAACUCUGACAUAUUUAAUAUUUGGAACAAAAAUUCUGCUGUAAAUGAAGAAGCAAAGAUAAUGGAAAAAAUAAAGGAGACGCUAGGUUCCAUUGAAUUGCAAAGCCCUUAUUAUAAAGCUCAUAAGGAACAUGCAGCGUUUCAUAAGGUUGACACUCCAACAUCGGCGACCGUUAAUGGAAAAGGUUAUUAA